AUGGUUUUACUGCAGACUCCGAGAGCUCGCUACGGCCUGUUGGCGGUCUCGGCUCUCCUCCUCCUGGCCGUGGUAAGCCGUCUGUAUCACAAUACCUACACGGCUCCAAGUAUCGAUAUUCAACGCCCCGACGCGCAACGCCCAAGGCCACCCGCCGGUCACGACGACCCCGAAGCCGUCCCCCACCCAAUUGACGGGUUAAUCCGAGACGCCGAGCAACAAUGGACGCGUUUGCUGGCCAAAGAGUCCUCCGUGCUGGCGGACGCCGCCGAGCAGUACCGGCAGCGGCGCGGGCGCCAUCCGCCGCCGGGGUUUGACCGGUGGUUCGCCUUCGCCAAAGAGAAAAACGCCGUCCUUGUCGAGGACCUCUUCGACCAGAUCUACGACGACCUGAGCCCUUAUUGGGCUCUGGAGCCGCGGGAGAUGCGCCGCCAGGCGGCCGGAUGGGAGCCGCGUAUCAUCCUGCGCAACCACACGCUGACUUCUCUGGGCCAAACGGGCGUCAACUGGCGGGAGGUCUGGAUGGAUAUGAUCGCCACCAUUCAGGACUUCCUGCCCGACAUGGACAUCCCACUCAAUGGCAUGGAUGAACCGCGGCUGAUUGUCCCCUGGGAGACGCUGUCCAGCUACCACGCCAAGGAUCGCGCCCACCAGACGCGGCUGGAACCCCGCGACACGGUCGACGAAUACAUGCACCUCCCCGCCGUCGAUCCCAACCCUGUCCCCCCUCCCUUCUUUCAAGGUCCGGACAUGCCCUUCUGGGAGAUUAUGCGCGUGGCCUGCCCUCCCGAGAGCCCCGGACGGACCAGCAAUAUCCCGCAUCUCGACUUCGCCAACCCCCCGCCGGAGUUCUUCAACUACCGCAACUUCUCCCACUCCGGGUACGUGGAGGACUUCGAGCGGUCCAAGGACCCGUGUUGGAGGGCGGAAUUGCAAGCCCUCCACGGGAGCUUCAUCGCGCCCACGUCCACGUCGACCGCGCACGAGCUCUUCCCGAUGUUCGGCGGCUCCAAGCUGACUGUCAACAACGAGAUCCUGAUCCCGCCGGCUAUGUAUUGGGUCGACGACCCGCGAUAUUCGGGCGGGUGGGAGAACCAAGGCGGCGACUGGGUGGGGAAGAACGACACGGUCGUGUGGCGCGGGAUCGCGAGCGGCGGGCGCAACCGCGCCGACUCGUGGACGGGCUUCCAGCGCCACCGGCUGGUGUCGAUGCUCAACGGGACGCAGGUCGCCAUGACCAACGGGUCAUCCUCGCCGGGCCUCAACUUCCGUCAGCCCGACUACCAGUACUACAAUGUGUGGGCGGGGCUGGAGGGGACUCUGCCCGCCUUCCUGGACGCCCACUGCGACGUGGGCUUCCUGGACCUGUGCUGCGACCCGCACGACAACGGGCCCUUUUGCCCGUACACCGACCCCUACUACCGUCUGGUGGAGGGGAUUGACAUGAAGGACCAGUACGUCAGCAAGUACCUCCCAGACGUGGACGGCAACUCCUUCAGCGGCCGGUACCGCGCCUUCCUGCUGUCGACCUCGCUGCCGAUCAAGGCGACGGUGUACAAGGAGUGGCACGAUUCGCGGCUGAUGCCGUGGGUGCACUUCGUGCCCAUGGACUCGCUGUACAUGGACCUCUACGGGAUCCUGCAGUACUUCAUGGGACACCGCGGACGCAACGGACAUGACGGGCAGGCCGCGAAGAUCGCCAUGAAUGGCAAGGCCUGGGCCGAGAAGGUGCUGCGCCGCGAGGACAUGCAGAUCUACAUGUAUCGCCUGCUCCUGGAGUAUGCGCGUCUGUGUGACGACCAGCGGGACCGCCUGGCGUUCGUGGGGGAUAUCAACCACUAG